CGGCUGUGUGGAUGCGAACCACAACAACAUGGUAGAAUAUGGAACAAUAACUUAGACAAAAAUAUGCUUAAUUAACACGAUCUCCAUACGACUCUAAGUCAUCAUUUGGCUUUAUCUUGUUGUUCUAUCAAAAAGUAGAACUACUCCACACACUUCCCGUUCGGCAACGCCAUUUGCUGGGCAAAAAACUGGACGAAGCAGAUGCCCUAAUUAAUGCACACGUAUAAAACGGCCAGUGGCCCCAUAACUGUGAUUCAACCAACAAACAAGCAGCAGAAAAGCAGUAGUAAAAUAUGGAGUGUUCACUGCAAAGAGCUGUAAUGGCCGUGCUGGUAGUAGCUGGUUAUCUGACGACGAUCAGCCUAGACGUCGCCGUUGCGCAGACUCCGCAGCAGUACUGCUCUAGCAGUGCGCCGGAAGAUCCGGUGAAGUACUAUUCCUACGCGGAGAAGGUGAUGAACGCUUUGGUGAAGAGGGCGCCUUACACCUCCACGCGUAUGUUCAAGGCCUGGUACCCAAACAAAAAGGUUGGCUCCGUUACGGGUGCGGCCACUUGUUACAACAACGACGCCGGCAGAUGCAAGGACUGCCUCAAGGCUCUCAAAGCCUCGAUGGAGGGCUGCAAGAUGUCAAUCACCGGCGGAUCUUUUGGCACCGGCUGCAAUAUGCAGUUCUGGAGGGUGGUUGAUUGAAUAAUGUGUGCUUUUAUGGAAAAGGUUGAUCCAGGAAGAGAUAUUGUAGCCUUGAGUUGAGCUAAGCUUUUUUGACGAAACCUGAUUUCAUUACGAAAUGAGGAAGAGCUAAGCUGGAUGUGCCAGUUUGAUCGUAUUUUUGGUCACCCGGCCGUUUCAGUUUGUGUUUUAUCUUACCUUUUCGUUGUUUCAUCUAAGUCAUUUUUUUCCUUCUGGUAGAAAAAAUCUUACGUACCCUUCUAUAGAUUGUGGUGACUUAAUAUUAAGUCACUUUGAUCUAGGGUUUCAUAUUUAUUUUCCAAAAUUUACUGUCGUGGAAAGAAGGAUAAUAAUAAUAAUAUUGUUGGUGAUGUGUCGAUUAGGCACUUUUUAAUUAGCUAGAUAGACAAAAUAAAAUGACUCAUUCUCUCCUCACUCCGACAGAGCUUCAACAGUUCUUAGUUGUAAAGAGGUACUUUCUAACAGAAGUCUAAGCACCAAUUUAUAGUACAAGAGAGAGAGCACAAUGAGAAUUUUUCUCCUAAAGUCAGCCACAUCCUUCCAUAUCCGACUUGAAGUCAGUUUUCAUCAACUUCUAGACGAAGUAGCUUGCUAGAGAAGCUUCCUAUAGAGCUAGGGUUUUGGCGGCGGUAUAGCAACUAUCAAGGCCGCUACUACUUGUCUUCGUGGGUUGGGUUCCCUGACCCAUGAAUAACUAAGCCUUGAGAAUUGGGCUCGUCUUGUGCACAUCUUCCUCAGCGGCGGUUGGACCCGAUGAUGGGCCGCUGCUGGUUUCUUCGUCGACUUAGGUCAAGUCUUCUUGCUAUGUACUUUCUUGCGAUUAUUAACAACUUCUAGUUGAAUUCUCCCUAAUUGGACCUCAUAUUUCUCACGAAAGCUACAUAUUUUUCUCUUUAUAGGUCCUUAGGUCCUUCUGAAUUCUUCAAUGCUUGAUCCAAUCUUCCUUAGGUUGUUUUAUAUCUUCAAAACUCACUAAAACAUACCUAGAGGGCAUCUCAAAGAGUACAAAAACAUAACUAGGUCUCAAAUAGUUGUGAUUUAGAUAGUAAAUACUAUUGAAAUGACUAAGAUGUCUUAGGACAAAUGUAUCAAGAAUGCAAGUGAUAAACACUAUAAAUAAAGUGUCAUCAGAAAU